AUGCCAUACAUCAACACAGACACCCUCUCCAAAUCUAAUUGCCCUUCUAGCAAUGGAUUCGAGAACCUCGUCCAAGAUCUAAGUGACGCUCUGGGUCCGAGCUCGGGUCUAGACUCCGAUGACAUCGAUCCAAUGGACAUCCUGCGUUUAAUGGAACGAUAUGAUUCGAAUCAAGAUGAAUGGCUCCACUUUGCGCUGGGAGACUCGAAAAAGAAUUACACAAGGAACCUCAUCGAUGAGGGCAAUGGCAAGAGCAAUCUGCUCAUCCUAGUCUGGAGCCCCGGAAAAGGAAGCGCAAUACAUGAUCACGCCAAUGCGCACUGCGUCAUGAAGAUUCUAAAAGGCUCUUUGAAAGAAACCCUCUAUGCCUGGCCAGACCAAGACAAGCUCCAAAAUGGAGAAUCGUCUCCACCACAAAUCAAAAAGGAGACUAUAUACGGUGAGAAUCAGGUUACGUAUAUGUCCGACAAGCUGGGCCUUCAUAGAAUCUCGAAUCCGGAUCCUAAUGAUUACGCCGUGUCGUUGCAUUUAUACACUCCUCCCAACGCAGCAACGCACGGCUUCUCCAUCUUCGACGAUAAGACCGGCAAGGCCUGUCAUAUCAAGACGUCGCAUGUUUAUUCGGUCCGGGGAGAGCGGUGUUGA